CUGAGCGGGUGCGCAGGCGGCUUCCGGUGUGGGUGACGAGUGGUGGCCGAAGCAGGGGGACAUCAAGGGACGUUCAGGCCGGGACCAUGGCGGACGGCGGCUCAGAGCGGGCUGAUGGGCGCAUCGUCAAGAUGGAGGUGGACUACAGUGCCACGGUGGAUCAGCGACUGCCCGAGUGCGAGAAGCUGGCCAAGGAAGGAAGGCUUCAAGAAGUCAUUGAAACCCUUCUCUCUCUGGAGAAGCAGACCCGCACUGCUUCCGACAUGGUGUCCACGUCACGCAUCUUAGUGGCAGUGGUGAAGAUGUGCUAUGAGGCUAAAGAAUGGGAUUUACUUAAUGAAAAUAUUAUGCUUUUAUCAAAAAGACGGAGCCAAUUAAAGCAAGCUGUUGCAAAAAUGGUUCAACAGUGCUGUACUUACGUUGAGGAAAUCACGGACCUUCCCAUCAAACUUCGAUUAAUUGAUACUCUGCGAAUGGUUACAGAAGGAAAGAUUUAUGUUGAAAUUGAGCGUGCUCGACUGACUAAAACAUUAGCAACUAUAAAGGAGCAAAAUGGUGACGUGAAAGAGGCGGCCGCCAUUUUACAAGAGUUACAGGUGGAAACCUAUGGGUCAAUGGAAAAGAAAGAGCGAGUGGAGUUUAUUUUGGAGCAGAUGAGGCUCUGUCUAGCUGUGAAGGAUUACAUUCGAACACAAAUCAUCAGCAAGAAAAUAAACACCAAAUUUUUCCAGGAAGAAAAUACAGAGAAAUUAAAGUUAAAAUAUUAUAACUUAAUGAUUCAGCUUGAUCAACAUGAAGGGUCCUAUUUGUCUAUUUGUAAGCACUACAGAGCAAUAUACGACACUCCCUGCAUCCAGGCAGAAAGUGACAAGUGGCAACAGGCUCUGAAAAGUGUUGUCCUGUAUGUGAUCUUGGCUCCUUUUGACAAUGAACAGUCAGAUUUGGUUCACCGAAUAAGUGGUGACAAGAAGUUAGAAGAAAUUCCUAAAUACAAGGAUCUUUUAAAGCUGUUCACCACGAUGGAGCUGAUGCGCUGGUCCACACUUGUGGAGGACUACGGGCUGGAGUUAAGAAAAGGGUCCCCCGAGAGUCCGGCCACUGACGUGUUUGGUUCCACGGAGGAAGGUGAAAGGAGGUGGAAGGACCUGAAGAACAGAGUCGUUGAACAUAAUAUCCGAAUAAUGGCCAGGUAUUACACGAGGAUCACCAUGCAGAGGAUGGCCCGGCUCCUCGACCUGUCCGUUGAUGAGUCAGAAGCUUUUCUUUCGAAUCUAGUAGUUAACAAGACCAUCUUUGCUAAAGUAGACAGGUUGGCAGGAAUUAUCAACUUCCAGAGACCCAAGGAUCCAAAUAAUUUAUUAAAUGACUGGUCUCAGAAACUGAACUCACUGAUGUCUCUAGUUAACAAAACCACACACCUCAUCGCCAAAGAGGAGAUGAUACAUAAUCUACAAUAGGGUCUCCGCGCCCUUAAUGCUUUUAGACAAGAGUUAAAAUUGGAAGUCAUUAAAAAAAAAAAGACUGUUAUGGUGUAUAUGUUGGGGUUUUUUUUUCUAUUCUCACCUUUUUUGUCUAAAAUUUAAAAGAUAGUGACUGUGUUUAAGGCCCCUUUCGACCUUUCACUUCCCUGAUUUUAUCGUUAACUUCGCAUUUGCAGUUGGUGCAAAGAAAAAUACACUUCUAUUUCUAUGGUCUACGUACUCAAAACAAUUGUGUCAUAACUUACCCAAAAGUGUUUCUAUCAUUUGAAAACUUUUUAGCUAUUAUUUGUUCUCAUUCAGCUAACAACCGUAAUUAUGUUAAUAAAAAUAAAGGCAGUAUAUGCACAUUGACUUUCUAUAGUUACCUGUGUUUCUGAACAUUUUGUGGGAUAGGGAUUUAAGGAUUUUUUAAAUAAAAGAAAUUCUGUUUUAAA